AUGAUACGAUCGAGUUUAAAUUUGAUGGUUUUGCUUAUAACGUGGAUAACAAUUUUUUUUCUGACGUCUUUGGUAUCAGGUUUAGGAAUUUUUACACAUAAUGAAACGAAUCCAUUCGAAACAGAGCCAUGGAUAUGGAAUUACGUGAAAUAUUUAGAUGGAACAGUGGUUAUUCGAAUUAUUAAUUUGGAUCCUAAUAAAACGCAGGUUAUUGGAGAAGCGUGGACAAGACCGGUGCUAUCUUUACGCAUUAUUCAUUCGAAUGGAACAGUCAGUGAAAUAGACAAAGACCUAGAAAUUCCAGAAUUUAACUGGCACAUUACUACAAGUCCUAAUGGUGAUACCCUGGACCGUGUAAAUAUAUAUGCGCUUCAAAAGGGCUACUUACUUAUUACAUACUUUAAUGCUUACGAUAUUAAUACUUAUGAAGAAGGGGGACGUAUUAUCAAUUGGAAUGGCACUUUAUAUGAUAAAGUAAAUUUCCCGAAGACUUCCAUCGAAAAUGGUACAUGGAACCCAUCAGUAAUAGUAACUAACGUUGAUCCAAAAAAGGAAGCUUAUGUCGUGCCUAAUGUUGACGGGGGUUAUAGCAUAAUUAUGGGAAAUUACACCGACUCCUCUAAUUUUGGUAACAACAAUCCUUUGGAAAUUCGUGCCGCGGUAUAUGCUUUAACAAAAAGAUAUGAUGAUAAGCAGUUUAGUGCACCAAAAAUGCUUUACCAAUUACCCUUAGAUAAUAUUACAAUAUCUAGAAUAGCUGCUGGUAUUUCAAGUACUGGGAUUGGACAAGUUUGUAUACUCACCAUCAGACAGAACAAUGUUGAUUAUUAUGUAAAACUUAAUUUCUUAUCAUCUGGCUCUAUUACGGAAAUCGUCCCAUUAAACAUAACCGUACCCGAAUUACCAAAAAAUGUCACUACAGGAUGGACAAUAGAAAGUAUUCCUUAUGGUGGUUAUGUAUACUAUUGUCGUUUUCUUAAUGAGGACAAUCGUACCAAUGUUUAUGGAUAUUAUUUUAACGAAAUCGAAAAUAAUUUUAUGGAAUGGGAUUUUCCAGAACCAUCAGUUUUCAAUGUGUUGAUAAUUCUGCCUAAUAAUACAAUGUUAAUAUCACAACUAGAAGAUCUUAAUGCGUGGAGUUUUAAUACCACUGAUAUUCCUAAAUUCACGGAUAAAGAUAAUGAUUAUUCAAAUUUUCAAGUAAAAUCUUCAAAUCCCUCAAUAAAUGCUAAUAUUCCAACUUCAACGGAUAUGAGUAAUAUUACAAUCACAUAUUAUGAACCAGUAGAACGUUCUUACGGGAAUAUUUCGAUCUAUCAAAUUGAUAAAAAUGGCAAUAACAUUAUUCGACAAUUUGUUAAUGGUGUCAAUAGCUUUUGUUCCAUUUCUGAUAAUGGAUUAACUGUAACUGUAAAAGUUAUCAAAAGUACUUUUAGUAAUCCUAAUAGCCAAUUUUAUGUUAAAGUUGACAAUGAUUUUGUAAGAAGCAAAGCAUACAGGGAAUCUUUAAAGGGCAUAUAUAAUAUUUGGAAAUUCAAUACAAGUUCAAAUAAAGAAACUUUUGCAGACAAAGUAUAUGGAGUGCUACGUUUAACUAAAGAAGGUACUGAAUACUACGAAAAUCUUAAUCCAACUGGAAAAAAUAAAUUCUUUACGGAUCUACGUCUUGAAUUAUCUGAAAUUAUUCCUAUCAACAACAUUAAGCGACUAAGUUCAAAUGGGAAAUCUCAAGUUGAUACUGUUAGUCACCAAACGUUGAUUUCACUUAAUAUUGAAUCAUCCAGUGAAGAAAGAAGUGUAGCAUCUAUUGUAGACGAUUUAAAUGAUAUGAUUGUAUAUAAAAACAUGACUUCCAUUGGUUUGAAACCUACCACAAAGUAUUUAGAUGGAGAUUAUGGAUUUAAACCUAAUCAAAACUUAUGGGAUAAAUACAAGUGGAAAUUUUUGGGUGUUAUAUUAAUACUUGCAAUUCUAGUGGUUCUUUUUUUAAUAGCACAAAAAAUGGAAAGUAAGGGCCGUAACAUUGCUGUUUUACAACUUGGAUUAAUUAUCUUUGAUUUUGUAAUGGAUGUCCUUUUUGUCAGCAAGAAUGGUAAAGUGAUUAAAGAACUAUAUAUUCCAAGUGUCUUAUUCGUGACUAUUCCAAUUGGUAUCAACGCUAUUUGGGCAUUUUAUAUUAUCAGUGAUGAAAACAAAUCCAAGAAUUUCUUGAAUUGGUUCACUCAACAUGAAAAGGCGGCGUCAAUAUUUACAAUUUUAUCAAGUGCUGAUAUUGAAACAUUAAGGAUCCUCUAUUCAAAUUUGGCUGGAUUUAAAUUUUUCCAAGCCCCAAUUUCAACUAAAGGAAAAAAUAGAAUCUUUUGGGCUUCUUGUAUAACCAUUUUUAUUGAAGAUAUACCGCAAGUGAUCAUUCAGUUAGUAUACCAUUUUAGUGUGGUUACAUAUGACGACAUAAUUCCUAUUCUUGCACUUGCCUCUUCAUGUCUUAACCUGUUAACAAAUUUUAUUGGCAGAUUAUUUCAAGCAAUAAAUAAUUGUCGACAUGGAACUUUAGAAUAUGAAAAUACACAGAAUCGAGAAGAUUUUCAGAAAUCAGAUACUGAAAGAAAUUUCACUUCAGACAAAUCAAUAUCACAUUCAAUUGAUCGUGAUCCCAGCAAUCGAUAUGACACUAAUGAUUCAUUGGAUGGGUUUCAAGAAAUUAUGGAAAAUAAUGAACAUAGUUGA